AUGCCCCUUAAAGAAUCUUAUAUAUUUGAGCAAAUGGACGGAAGCCCGAUGAAGGGGGAACCAUGUAGCACGGGGACGGAGGUGUGCGCUCUGUGGGUGGGAGAACACUGGGAGCCCCGCACCUUCAUCAAAGUCCCGGCUGUCAAGUUCCAAGCCGUUCUCAGCUUGGAGUGGCUGGCCGAUCACGACCCACUUCCUAGAUCCGAAGCCUCUGCCAUUAAACUAGCCCUAGAAAAGUGGAGGUACUACCUAGAGGGAGUGAAGGAACCUUUCAAACUGUGGACAGACCACAAAAACCUAGCCGUCCUUAUUGCCACCCGCAACCUCAACAACAAACAAGUUAGCGUGUACCAAGUCCUGGACCAGCAGAACCUGGAAUCCCCGGAGGGAAAGAAACUGCUCUCUGCCAGAUUACUUGCUGUGCAUGGAUAUGGCUGGGAAGUCUUCAGCAUCACACAAGCGGUUCGCGACUGGACAGAAGAGGAAAGCAGCAACCAGGGCUUGCUGGUGACUGUGCAGGGUCUUGGCGGAGCAGUGCUGGAACCCGGCGCUGUGCAGUUUGCUUCUGGACGAGAUCACCAUGAGAGCAAGAAACCAAUGCUGGUUUUGUUCACCGAUGAUGGACGGCGGGGAGCAGCGUUGCCCACAAGCCCUUUUUCAGAUUUAGCCCUGCAGAACCCGGCCCUUCCUGUGGAAGUAGGAAUCCCUCAAAGCAACAGGACACGGGCCCCACGCUCAGCAGACGAGCAGCGGCUGCCUUGCCAGUUACGCCCGCUUUUGGUAGACUUUGAGGAGAUCGGAUGGAACGGCUGGAUCAUCUCUCCCCGCGGGUACAACGCCUUCCACUGCAGGGGUUCCUGCCCCUUCCCACUAGGGGAGAACAUGCGGCCCACCAACCACGCCACUGUCCAGUCCAUCAUUAAUGCGCUGAAGCUCAGUCAGGACGUCAGUGGGCCCUGCUGUGUGCCCGAUAAACUCUAUUCCAUCAAUCUGCUCUAUUUCGAUGACGAUGAAAAUGUGGUCUUGAAGCAGUACGAUGACAUGGUGGCUGGGAGCUGUGGCUGUCAUUGA